ACAAGUUUUAGUGUGUUUGUUCUGUUAUUUAUGAUAUUAAAUAUGUCACAGUAAACACAGUAUCAUAUGUUUUAGGUACAGUAGUCUCUGUGUAUAGGAACACCUCAGAGAACACUUCACCUAGGUGAACACCCUUGCAGUGAAAAUUAUUUUUCACAUCCGCCUAAAGGAACAGGAACUUCGCGUAAAAGAACUUUGAUUCGUUCACAACGGAUACAGUACUGUUUUGUAACCUGAUAACUCAUCAUCAUCAAACUUAUCAAAAACGACUUGUCAUCACGAGAGUGUCUCGAGGCACACUUGUUUGUUAAUCUUUUCAGAACCGCUGCCUUAUCAUUGCCUCGUUCUGUAUUCUGAUUUCCACGAGCGCACCUCAUCACUACAAAAUGGCAUGUAAACAAAUGGCGAAACGUGGCGCUAUUUCUUACUACAAAAAGUUGGAAAUUGUUCAAGCUCUUGAAAAAAACCUGAAUCAGACACAAAUCGCUGAACAACUUGGUGUUUCCUGUUCUGGUAAGUUGCUUCACCAUUCUGUUAAAUAAUGUGUAUGUCUUGUAUAUUGCUGCUGAAUUUUUUUAAUGUGCGUGGGGGUGCUGUGUCAAUUUAGUUUGACAGUUUAUUAAUGUUAGUUUGUCUGUUACUUUAAUAUUACAGUUUAUUAACAUACACUUGCCUAUUGUUUUUCUUUUACUUAUUCAGUUCAUUUCAUAUGUUGAUGCACGAGCGUCAUGACAAGUAAUACAUAUUUAUUCAUUGAUUGAUAUUGUGUCUGGUGGCUAAUUCCGUCUUGGAGAACACUUCGGCUAUAAGAACAUGUCGCUUGCUUCCCAGGGGAUGUUCUAUUAGUCGAAGACAGUGGCGUAGCUAGGAUUUUGUUUCGGGGAUGGAUGGAGAUUUUUUUGAUGAUGGUCAAUAACACUGCAUUGGUGUAGCAAGGAUUUCGUUCCGGAGGAGGGGGGAGGUGUUGCUGGUGGCGAAUCACGUGGAUUACGUUUGACGGGGGCGACAGUUUCGUUGAUAGAUCGAGAUUUUUCCUCAUGGCUGAUGUUUUAUUGUCCCACGUAGCUGAAUAAUUAAUUUUGGGGGUGGGGAGACUACUGUAUUUUCAAACUAUUCCUUUUCAUUAUCACAAUCUGAAAGCUAAUGAAUGGCAGUUUUCUAAUGCAAUUAAGUAAGCUUCAGUACAUUUAUUUUUUAAUUCGCAAUUUAAAAAAAAAUAAUAAUUCUGGAGUACACUUCAUAAUUAUAGUCCCAAGUAUUUGCGUUCUGCUGUCACUGUUCUUAAUGGUCUUAAAACUAGCAUCACAUUUGCUGUUUUUCAAUAUGGUGACAUCUUAAAUUACCGUGCCUGCUUCUUUGUAACCAAAUCUAUCUAGGUUAGACGUGCUGUUAAAGGUGCAACAAAUCUGUUUGUGUUAACUCAAAACUUCAUUUAGACACCCUAUGAUUUGAGUGCGUAAGACAACACUGGUUUAUUGGAGUUCACAAAGAUAACUUUUUUCAGCUUCACACGGUAACCGUUUCUCUAAACUUUUUUUUCUUUAAUUGACGUUUUGCUGCGUCUCAGCCCUUCAUUUUAAUAUAUUUUUUUACGUUUUCAGGGCAUUUUGUUAAUGGCACAUGUGUUUUUGUUUUUCGUUCUUGUUCUAAAUUGUUUUUAAUGCAACGUUUCAUUUUAAGAUAAUGUACUUGCACACUUUUGGUCACCAUCAGCUGCUGCAUGAACCUGUGGUUACCGUAUUCUGCUGGUGUUAAAACACCACCUCAGGACUUGCAGGCAUUUGUGUUCGAUCAGAUUGCUAUCAAUCAUGCUAUCGUUCCUCUCUUGCUUCAGUUUAAAACAUGCGAUAUGCUGGCUUUUUUUUUUCCUUUGCCGACCAACGUCCCGCCCACUGCUGCUUCAUGCCUUCUCCAUUGGAGGAUACACCUUCUCUCAGAUGAUGGUGCACAUCUCCAAGAAUGCUCAGCAAUACAAGAGCGUGACUGACAGGAUCAAGGGUCAGAUCUAUGACAGCCUCGUCAUAGGCUCUGUGGAGAAAAUGGUAGAAGGAGUCAGUAAAAUAUUCUCCCAUAGACUGCAAGGAUUAGUGCGGUGGAGCGCUUUGUUCUAUUUCAGAGCUUUUGGGGGCUAUACAGUGGAUUACUACAAUGCUGCCUUGAAUGUCUACUGGAAUAACCCGCUCCAGAUCCCAGCCUUGUUCUUUUACUGUGAAAAUGAUCCAGUAUGUGAUCACAAAGAGGUAGAUAGAUUGAUAAAAUGCUGGCAGCAGAAGGGGAUUACAGUCAUGGAGAAAACCGGGAAAGACUCGCUUCAUGCAGGGCACCUUCGACAGCACCCACAGGAGUACCUGACGACACUGCAUCGGUUUCUGCAGUCCCUCAACAUGGCACCGCUGAAGGCUAAGAUGUGAAAGACACUGUUUUCCAGUGUCUGUAUCCAGGAAAUACUCCAUGAGCUGACUACAUAGUGUAGAAACAGGAUUAUUUUUAGAGAGUAGUCGAUUUUAGUGAUUGUAUUCAUAUUGUAGUGAUUAUUUAUUUUAAUGAAAAAAAUACUGUUUCUGCUAAAAAGGAAAAACACCAUUGUCACACAGUAGUUGUGUUCCUCUUUCUUCCAGUAUACUAACUGGCAUGCUCAGGUCUGCUCCCCCUGAGCAGCUCAGAGGGCUACAGAGCAGAUUUCAUCAGUGAUCAGAGUGGAGAAAAAUUCUCGCUCUGAGACGCUCAGUUACUUAACGCACCCACUGUUCCAAUCAGAAUAUAGCCCCUUUCAUAUUGGCACAAGACACAAAGUACUAUUAAAAAGCAGACUUAACAUGUUUGGUAGUUAAAAAGGAGUCUUAUGAUGAUGACUCAAGCUGCAUCCACACUGGCCGCGAGUGAAUAAUUUAGAAGUCACUGCAAUCAAAUGGGAGUAUCCACACCAGCGAGCGAUGCCGCUUUGAGAAAACCUGUUUUUUUUUUUUCGUUGCGUGAGUAGAAUGUACUGACCAGUCAGAAGCAAGGUUAACACCCUUGAAGCAUGUCAAACACACUCCUCAAAACACGUCACGCCUGAAAACAAGUGAAUCAUUUUAUGUAGUACCAGUAGUCGUGGCUUGCAGGUGGUGCAUUUAGCAGCACCUAGACAUUUUCUUUCCGAUCAUGCAAGUUGCAUAAAAAUCGGUUUAUUAAUAAGCAAAAAUAAAUUGGACCAUACAUACAGCAUUUAAAUGAAAACUGCACUUUUGCUGGCUUUUAAAAAUGACACAAAAGGUCCCGCAUUCAUAUAACUUAAACAUGUGACCUAAUUUUAAGCUAUGCCUUUUGGGUUUGUUUGCUUUUAUGAUAAAUAACGUUUUGUUCACUAAAUUGUUCUGUGGCACACAUCUGUGACAAGAAUGUCUUUACAUAUGCAUAAAGUGAACAUAUGCAUAAAGAGAUUCACCAAACAAACAAAAAUACUAUCGAGGUCCUACUAUUGUAUACAUUGUAAAACAAAGCCAGCAACACGUUUGUAUUCUAUAUGACACAUCCCAACAUUACCAAGCUCAUAGUUUGAUUAUGAGCCAUAUCUGUUCACUGGACUGUUUUAAAAGGAAAAACUAAAUAAAAGUCUUGUGUCUUGCCUUGGCACACAACCUUGUUCUGUGUAUAAUUAUUCAUAAGUAAAUGAAGUCAGAGACGGCUCAAACACUCACCCAUGAUCUGAUGCAUCACAGUUUUCAAUAGCAUUUACGAUAAAGUAGAAAAAUUGAUUUGCAGAACGGCAUCAGUAGUAA